AUGAUCAGUAUUGGACGCCUAAUCGAAGGCAUUGUACCGGUUAGAGUUAGUGGCAAGUGGAAGAAAAAGCUCUGCGCGCUUGAGAGACCUGCAACAUUUAUAAACUCACUAAAGUUAUUCGUAUUUAACGACGAUGGGAGUAUAUGUCGAUGCCAAGAUGUUCAUGCCUACAUUCUUGGAGUAGACUCCAAGCAUGACGGAGUAAUUAUGUUCGUAUGUACCUACAAGUUACGUUGUAUAUCAUUUCGACAUUUCGAGGAGAUGACUAAAUGGGAUGACAUAUUAAAAGCUAAUUUGAAAUGUUCAUAUUUUCAUGCAGAUUUGAUUGUUGCUCCUAGAAACAGCAUUUUGUAUAGUUAUGCACGUCAUAGGAGACGUUUUCCUCUCAUUCAACGACCUAAAAACCAGAUUUUCUCAUCUUUAAGAAAAUUAUAUCCUACAUUAUGCAGUAAUUCAAGCGAUGGCUAUUUACAUGUGACACGUGAUCGUAUAUGUUUCACUACGGGUCCAGGUUGUUCCCAUCCUCGUCUCUUAGCAACAUGGACUUUUGAUAAUGAUGAAAUAGUGCAGUGUGGUACUGCCCGUGUUCAGAACGCUGUAAGAGGAAGCUUCACUGACCCUCCAUCACUCUUUUUUCUCACUGCCUUCCCUGAUCACCCUGAAGCUCCUGGAAGUCACCUUUUCCUAUCCAACCGUGCUACUGACUUAUGUGAUAUGAUUGAACAUACUAAUCAAGCCGCAGUUUAUCAAGCAGACUGGAGACGCCUAACUUGUUUAGCUUCACUUAUCGAUCCCUCUGAUUGCUCUAAAAAGUGCGAUUCUGACCAGACUAUUUCUUUAUGUAAUCCUAUCCACCCUGUUACCAGUCGUGUCUACUCAAAUGCGACUCAAAAUGCUGCGAUCAUUUCUCCUACCAAAAAUCUGGAUAGGUGGGUUAAUGAUGAAGUUCCUAUGAUAGAUUCACCGCCCUCGUCCAACAAACUGACUACCAGGAAUACUGUAGCACAGAUGAAGAUUAAUUCAGAUGAAAGUUCAAAAAAAGUAAAGGAGGAAAUUCAUGUUGAUUCAGUCAAUGAUAGAAAAAAAUGGGUUUCUAUGCAUCCAAGACGGCGUUUGUCUAGCCAUCCUGUAGCAACAUAUCAGUGCACUUCUCUUAAUAGUAUUAAUGUCACUGUUAACCCCAAAUCUUAUCCAUACUCUGGUCACACACACUGUUUACGGGAAUGUAAUAUUUGUCACUGGAGAAGAUCUGAGCCUUAUUUGGUGACUUUACCUUCACAACCUCUGGACACGCUGAAGUUGAAAGAACUACUCUAUCAACCGUACUGUUCGUUUUGCUUCAAAGAUUUACCUUGUACUUGUAGUGGACUUUUGUCUCUUUCUUCUGAUUCUCAUGAUUCAUGUGAUAAUGGUUUUCAUAAGAAAACGUGUAAUAAUAAAAAUAUCUGCCUGAUUUGUUCAGAAAAGCUUACUAAAGAUAAUAUUUCCAACGAUACUUUUUUAUCAAACAACUGUUCACAACAAGACAACAAUAUUCAUUCAGCUGAUAAAAAUGAACACCAUAAUAACGUUACUGCUGAUGGUCUCAAUACAGAACAAAUGGAACUCAAUUUAAAGUACAGCCCUCGUACACCCUUUUCUGUAUCCGAACAGAAUGUCUUUAAGCCAUUAACGGAUUCUCCUGGUCGCUCUAGUACAGUUUCUCCCUCUCAAGAUGUUCGUCGACGUAAAAGACUACCAAGCAGCUGGUCUACUAUUAGUCGAACACUGAUAAAUAACGGUGAUACGUCAGCGAACAUUACGCAAUGUAACAUUCGCCCUAUCCGCAGACAUCAAACUGAAUUGAAUCGGUAUUUGUCCAAUGGAAAUAGCCCACAACACCCUUAUAUUUCAUCUUUGACGACACCAACUAUCAUCCCAGGAAGCCAGUAUGCUAGGACACGACAACAUACUGCCAGUACAUGUGAAAGCACAACACCUUAUCAUAAGGACUCAAGCAAUUCACAUAGUUCCCCUUGUUCUCCAACCACAAAUAAACAGGGCAGUAUCAAAUCCCCACUAGUUUCCUUAUCACCUUCUUUUACACCACUUUGGGCGGACGCACCUACUUAUGCUAAACCUAAAACUGGGAAACACUAUGUUUCCAGAGAGGUGAUUCAGGCUCUUCGUAUCGACCAACACCAACAAUUUUCGUCUGUUUCAGAUAAUGUGAAAGGCUUUAGUAGCUGUUCUCAGAUGAAUUCGUCAGACAAUGUAUGUCAUAAUGAAAACCAUUCAAGUGAAUCUGGUAGUACGUUAACAUGCUUAACAGAAGCAUUUGAUGGGAAUGCGACCUUUCACUUUUUGUCCUGUAACAACAAUGUGUCGGAUUCUAAUUUUUUGUUUCAAACUACAUCUAAUCGUGUUAUGGCGUCUCAAAGUGAUAAGUCAUUAACAAAUUCAGGACCGUAUAUUAAUAUGUUCCCGAAUAACCUUCAUGUUGGGUUAAAACCGUUAUCUGAAAAAAAUCCAUCGAUCUUAACUUCAUCUACUUCAACGCAAUCUAUUCACAGUUAUAACGUUGGGAAUAAACAACAAGACGUUGAUCAAAUAACCAACAAUAAUAGUAAUACCUUCAAGUUACCAGUGGAUACAGAUAUCGUCUUCAAAAAUCCUAAACAUUAUGUGAAUUUAUUAGGUUUACAGAAAAGUGGAUUCACGGUUUUAAAUCACUCAAAUGCAACAGUGUAUUAUAUCAAUUUUUCACCAAAUAAUUCAGAACGUAGAUGUUUUGCAGACCCAACAUCUGUACAAUUAUCAAUUUCUGAUUCCUCUUUGGUGCCACGUGUCCCAGCCUCACUACCUAUUCUUUCAGGUUCUUUUCUGGACAGACCACCGACUCCACCAAGGCUAACAACAUCUACGUAUAACGUUACUUCCAAUGGUACUUCAUCUAUUCCGAAAACACCACAAUUACAUUACGCUCAUCUUACACUAUCUGACAAAGUAAAUAGUUCAAUGACAAAUAUGUGUAAUUAUAAAACAUCGGAUGAUAUAAUGAAUGAUGGUAAUAUUAGUAAGAAUAGACCCAGUCUUCACUCAUCUAAAUCUUUACAGUGUGCAUUAUCUUCUAGCCCAAAUUGUUCUGAAACUGAGUUCCUGGAUUGUAGCUGUAACCUAGUUGGCAAUAACUGUCAUGACUGUUCCUCACAAGGAGUAAAUUAUGUAACUAUAGAUAUGAGACAGACCAAAGCACUUUCUGAAUUAGAACAAGAAUUGCGCAUCAGUACUGGAUUAGUUCGUAAUGCUGGUUGUCAUAUACCAUGGUCAGAAUGUGCCCUUCAUAAUCAGAACUGUGAUAAUGUAAAAACUGGUAACAGAUUCACAGUGCUACGCAGGCAUUUUACAAUUCCAUGCAGCCUCCCCGGUUAUUUCGCCAGAAAAAAAGAUGACACGGUUCAUGCAUUAACAAGCUCUCCAACAAAUUCACAAGGAAAGAAACAAAAUCAUGAAAAUAUCGUUUCCGUGACCAAUCGAGUUCUAAAGCGUUUAAUCCAUUCCUCUCACCUCCCACAUCACCAAAAUUAA